GAAAGUAGAUGAAAAGUUUAAUAAAUAUAUAAGAGUGCGAGAAGAAGAGACUUUUAAAAAAUAAAAAAAAAUAAAAUAUUAGAGGAGGUAAAAGGGAGGGUUUAAGGGGAUCGGAGAGCCGCGCGUGCAGAUACAUGAGUAACAUAAGAACCGGCGCAGACAAAACUCCUUUGACCUACGGACCGACUGCGUUUAUUUCGUGUCCUUCAUUGGAAUAAUCAAAAUAACAAUAUAAAUUGAUUAUCAAAUGAAAAAUAUUGAUAAUACAAAGUAUCAUCCGGGUUGUCUUGUUAUUUGUGUGAUAAAAUAAUCAAUGAUAAAUCAAAUGUGUUGAUAAUAUAAAUACUGUUUGUGUUGGUGUGUGUAUGUAUAUGAAAUAGUGUAGGGGUGAAUUUAAGGGUGGGAGAUAUUUGAUAACACACGGCAGCCACCUGAAGCAACCUUGGUUGAUAAUAUGCGGGGGGUGGUUAACUGAGAACAGCCAUUGAUUUCUUUAUUGAUGCACUUGACUUUUUUAUAUUUCGCGCGGUCACAAAUGAACAUUUCGAUUAAAUUGACUUUUGUUAUCUAUACAUCACUGCACUAUUGAAUAUAAUCGACCUGAAAAAAAAGAGCUGAAUAGUGAUGUUAUAAUUUAGUGCUGUUGAAUUGUUAAUGCAAUAUAAUUUUAAUUAUUGAAUAUAUUAAUUUAUAAAAAUAUAUACUUGGUGUUUAGAAUAUUUGGAAUAUGAUAAAAGUAAAAUUAUUUCGGAGUUAAAUUGAGAGGACAAAGCCGCCAUGAUGGUUGAUAAUGCGUCGUCGCGAUACAACAUUUUGAAGAAUUUUUUUUUUUGAUAUUUAGUACAAUGGUGGAUAGCAAGUUUAACAAAAUGUCAAAUAAUUGAUUUUUUUAUUGACGUUUUAUUUAAAAUGCGGAACGUUCAAAUAUGAUAAAAUUGUUUUUAUCAUUCAAAAAAAUUAACUUGUUUAAAUAAAUAAAAGUGGAUAUUAUUUUUUUUUGGAAAAAAAAGUAAUUUUUCUUUGAAAAUUAUUUCUCAUAGCAACAGCAUUCGGAAGUUGGGAUAAAGAGGCGGAAAAGAGGAACAAUAUAUCGUUGUGUAAAAAGGGGUAUAAUAUGUCACCAUCAACAAGCACUCAUCAGCAUAAGAGGAUAUAUAAAAACCAACUGAAAAGAUAGAGAAACAAUAAAAAUAAAAAAUAAAGGUGAAAAAUAAUAUUUAAAAAAAAGUGAGAAAUAUGUAAAACGACAAGGUACGAUAACAGUUAAAUUGAAACACCUGGACCAGCCGCACGCGUCAUUUGUAGGGGUGCAAGAGGACGAAGACUCGAAGAGGAGGUGUCUCUCUCGUUGACGCUCAAGGACAGUGGGGGGGAAAAACAAGGAAAGAGGGGUAAAAAACGAGAAAACACAGGGGAAGCCCAACGGGACUUGGUUUCUUGACGCUGUUGGGUGUUGUAACUGCUUCAGCUAUUUUCAAUAUAUUAUUUAUAAUAAAUAUAUAUUUUUUAUUUAAAGUAUUAUUAUUUAAAAAUUAUUAUUUUUUAUUUUUAAGUGUAUUAAUUUAUUUAGUAGUGAAUUGUUUACAUAUUUAUUGUGUGUUUAUUUCCUUGUUAUACACCAAAGUAUAAAUUUGUUGUGUCAUCAUUUUGUUUUCAAUUAAAAAAAGUGAAAAAUAAAAUUUAUAUUUAAUGAUACUUGAGUGUUAUAGAGAAUUAAAAAAAUAAAAUAAAUAAGCCGGUCAUUAAAAAUUCGGCGCGCAGAAUCGCGGAGGUUAGAACACACAAUUUACUGGUGUUGUCGUUGUGAUUUCAUUUGUUUUUAUUUUCGUUGUUUUUUUUUUUUUCUUUACAUAUAUAUAAAUUGUGUGUUUGUGUGAAUAAUACAACAGUGAUAUGCAUAUAUAGUUCAAGUUUUAUAAAAAAAAAAAAAACAACAACAGAGUUAAAUUGUUUUCAAUUAUUUAUUAAAGAAAAAAAAAAAAGUAAAAUAGCACACGAGUGAUAGUGUAAUUGUAAUAAUAAAUGAGGUGAAAAAAAAAAAUAGAGCAACGAAAGACAAAUGAACCUAAAUGUGCGUAAAUGGAAGGUAUAGGAGACAUAACCGAUCAUCAUCGGUCGCAUAGCGAGCAUUUGUUAGAGUCGGUCGAUUCGCCAUCAUCAGUGUCUACGCAUGUACAUGGUACUGUCAGUGGUAAUGCAGCUGGUGGGGUUGGAAAGUGUAGUAGGGGUAACAACGAUGCUGUACGUGGUAGUCGACAAAAUCAACACGAGGGAAAUCGUGGUGAAGGAGGUGGAGGAGGUGGUGGAAGAGAAGAAGUACACCUUGAACACCACCAACAUCGUCAACAACAACAACAACAACUUCAUCAUCAUCAUCAACAACAACAACAGCAUCAACAACAACAACAACAACAAUCUCACCUUCACCUACAUCAUAACAAUAACAAUAACAACAACAACAAUCACCAUCAUCAUAACAAUCAUCACCACAACCAUCAUCACAAUCAUCAUCACCACCAUCAGGAAAAUCAUCAGGGUGGUGGUAGUGGUAGUGGCAGUGGCGACGGAGCAAGUAGUGAAAGUGGGGGAAAUUCAUGCGGUGAGGGUAUGUCAUCCUCUGCCUCACAAAGUCCCGAUAUCGCGUGCGCAAACAUACCGUUGGAACUACUCGCUGCUGGCGCGCUCGGCGUCAAGGAGGAGCGAGACCUCGCCGCCGCGGAGGAUCUGUCAUCGUCACAAGAACACCCAGAUAGGUCGAGUGCAAGAGAAUCACUGUCGGUGAUUGUACCACCUCAGGACGUUGACGUUGAUUCAAGAGACGCUGAUUCUGAAUUAUUAAGUCCUGGUAAAUUAUCACCAACAUCUGGUAUAAGUGUUUCAGUUGCUAGUAUGAUAGACGCAACAGACUUCAGGUCAAUGCAACCAGAACCAACUUAUCAAACAUUAACAUCAGUUGCUGAAAGGAUGUCACCACCAGGUUUUUCACCUGGUUCAUCAUACGCAACAUUAACACCAUUACAACCAUUACCACCAAUAUCAACAAUGAGUGAUAAAUUUGUAUAUGGUGGUCAUACAGGUGGUGGUGUUAGUGGUAAUUUUUCAGUUAUGCAAAAUAAUGGUCUUGGUAAUAUUGGUCUUGGUAUUGGUGGUUCACCAUAUACAUAUGAUAAACUACCAACAAUGGGAAUGUCACCACCACAUAAUUAUCAAUCACCAAAUGCUGGAUUACAACAAUCACCAUUAUCACCACAAAGUGCAUACAGUCAAAGUGGAUUAAAUUCACCUCAUAAAUCAGCAAGUCCACAUUAUGAAUCAUCAUCAUAUUUACCAAGAUUACAACAAAGUCCUCCAGCACUUAGUCCACCAUCACCACCUGUAUCCGCGGCGACGAGUUUCGCGCCUUCUCAUCGUUCACCAACUAAUUUAAAUGUACCAGCAACAUCACCACCUCCAAUGCAAACACAAUUACAACAACAACAACAACAACAGCAACAGCAACAACAACAAAAUCAACAACAAACAUUACAACAGCAACAACAACAACAAACAAUAUCACAUACACAACAUGUUCAACAUACAUCUGUUGUCAUGAAAACAGUAUCAUCGUCUGGUAAUGGUAAUGGUGGUGUUGGUGUUGGUAGUGGUGGUGGUGGUGGUGCUGGUGAAGUUGAAGAAAUUAAUACAAAAGAACUUGCACAAAGGAUUAGUGCUGAACUUAAACGUUACAGUAUACCACAAGCUAUUUUUGCACAACGAGUAUUGUGUAGAAGUCAAGGUACAUUGAGCGAUCUUUUGAGAAAUCCAAAACCAUGGUCUAAACUCAAAAGUGGACGUGAAACAUUUAGACGUAUGUGGAAGUGGUUACAAGAACCGGAAUUUCAAAGAAUGUCAGCACUUAGAAUUGCAGCCCUGAGUAACUGCUCUGAAAGUGGUGGCGACCCGGAUGCAAUGCUGGAUAUUCAUCAUCAAGGAGCACCAAUUGACACUCAUCAUCAACCGUUUCACAACUCAUAUGCUGCACAGAUUCCACAACGAGGAACAUGCAAGAGGAAAGACGAGAUGUCGAGUCAGGCAGAACAUCAGCCCGCCCCCAAGAAACCACGGUUGGUUUUCACAGACCUUCAGCGCCGUACUCUACAGGCUAUUUUUAAAGAAACAAAAAGGCCAUCAAAAGAAAUGCAAGUGACAAUCGCAAGACAAUUGGGUCUUGAGCCAACAACUGUUGGUAAUUUCUUCAUGAAUGCAAGACGUCGUUCAAUGGAUAAAUGGAAAGAUGAAGAUCCUAAAAAUCCAGGUGUUGAUGAAGGACAAUUAUCACCGAGCCUUGGAAUAAGUCCUCGUCAAGGAAAUGAUGUUUUGUGACAUACGUCCGACCACGAGGAAUAUCAUGACGAGUCACCUGAAGAGGAUCUUCCCUUUUCAUAAAUUUUUUUUGUUACUGUAUUUACCUGCUGAUUCAUCAACUUAAUUACUAUUUAGUUAAUUUAUUUAUUUUUCACCUACUUGUGCAAAUUGUUCAAUCGAUAUUUACAAUGCUUUAAAUAAUUUUUUUUAUUUCAUUUUCGUUUUUUUUUUUUUUUCUUUUCUUUUCUUGUAACUUUUUUUUAUUUCAUUUUUUUUUUAUUUUCAUUUAACUUUUUCAAGGAUAUAAAUAUACUUGAACAAUUAAAUACAAUAUUAAUCAAUAUUGAACCUUUUUUUUUGUUUUUUUUUUUUUAAUUUUAUAUAUUAAUUUUUUUUUUUUUUUCGUUUUUCAAAAACAAAUUUCAAUUAUAAUAUUUAUUGACUGAUUAUAUCGGCAUUGCUACAAUAUUUAUAAUGUUUUUAAUUUAGUGCCAUAACUUGUCAAUUUAAUUGUUAACAUAUAAUUUAUUAUUUAUUAUUAAUUUUUAUAUUAAAUCGUUCUAGUCGACUUACGAUUUGAGUUACCAACGCGUAUUUAUUUACUCGCGUCUAGUCACAAUUAUUUUUAUAAUAAUGAUUAAUUUACUAAUUUAUAAUUUACAAUUAAAUUGUUUUUAUAAUAAACUAAAUAUCAGCAGGGUAUAAAAAUACAGUGUAACAAAAUUGACUCGUCCAUUCCUCGUUGGUCAAGGAACAGUGAAAUAAAAUUUAAAUAAAUAAACCACUUGUGUUUUGUGUAUGUAAAGUGAUGUUUUUUUUUUUUCUUUUUUACAAAAUGUGGGCGUUAAUAAUAAAUAAAAUUUAAACAAAUGAAUUAUAUUAUUACUGAUAUAAUUAUAAUAAUAAAAGUAAAAAAAUUGUGAGUGAAUAAAUAUUAUUAAUUUUAAUAAUAUCGCGAGUGAAAUUGUAAGUGAUACUCGAGGGCCACCCAAUUUUUAUUAGCAGUUGUAUUUAAACAAUGCUAUUGUAUAUAUAAAUAAGAUAUUAAAAGAAUAAUAAAUAAAAUAAUAAGGACAUGAAGCAGGGAUAAGAGAAAAAUAAAUAAAUAAAAGAUUUUCAUAUGUAAAAAUAAAUUGAGAUAAAAAGGGAAAUAAAAAAGAAUAAUAAUUCGAAACAUGCGCCGUUAUUUGUUAAAUAUAUGAUAAGAAAAAUAUCAGUAACAAAAAAAUAUGAUUAAUGAUAAAUAAUUGCCAACACCUUUCGUUCAUUAUAUAUAAAAAUAAUUACUGGUUUGAUAAAAUUAACAAAAGUUAUUUAUUAUUAUUAUUUAACCGCAUAGUUAUUCAUUGAAGAAAUUUAAUUUUUACUCAUCCUUAAUCUGUGAUUGUUAAAUUAAUUUUUUGUCAUUGAAAUAAUUAAAAAGAAUUUUUAAUAAUAUCUCAAACUGGUUAAUAUUUAAUAAUAAAAAAUACUCAUGAAAAUGCCUCGUUUAUUGAUAAAAUCAAUUCAAUGUAAAGCGAUAAUUAAAAAUAAUAAAAUAUAAAUGACGAAAGAGUGAAAGGAUCAAUUGAUCGUACCAAAAUAGAUAACAAUUGUUGUCGAAUUAAGAUCAUAUAUAGUACAAAGUAUACAUAUAUUGUAAUAAUAUUACUUUCAAUAAUAAAAAUCGAGUUGCAAACGUGAUUUCAAUAAUAAAAAAUGAAUAAAAAUUAAAUUUUUCUAAUAAAAAAAAAAUUAUUAUAAUUAAAUUAACAUAGAAAAUUAUCGAGUUUGAAUUUAUAAUAAAAAUUUAUUUUGAUCAUCAGUAAUUUCCUGUGAUUUUAAAGAAUUAAAAAAUUUUUUUUUCUAUGAAUUUAAAAUUUGGGAAAUUGAAUUUACAAUGGAUUAAUUAUUUAUUUAUAAAAAUUGAGCAAUAAAAUUUCAAUUCAAUCUUCCCAGUACGUGUUCAUGUCAAGAUAGAAAAAAAAUUAAAAAAAGAAAUUUGUAAUAAUUAAAAAUGAAGAAAAAGAUGAAAAUUGUAGAAAAAAAAAUUUUAAAAUUCUCGUUAAAAUCACAGGAAGCAAUCUGUUGUUUAACGCAUCUAGUGUUGAUCAAAAAAAAAAAAAAUCAUUAUUCUUUUUAUUCUUAUUUUUAUUGAAAAGAAAUAAAAAAAUAAACAAAAAAAAAAGACAUUUUUUUAAAUCGUGAUUGAAGAAAUAACAAUAGAAAUAAAAAAAAUAAUAAUAAUAAAGAAAAAUUAAUUAAAAAGAGAUAAAGAAGAAAAAAAAAAAAAAAAGACAUCACGGUGCCCGUGUACUUGUAUCAUAGUUCUGUACAUACAAUUAGUUGCGAAAAAAAAAAAAAAAAAAAAAAUUUAUUAUUACUAUUACAAUUAUUAUUACAACUAUUGAUAUAUAAAUAAUUAACGCAAAUGUUUUUGUUAAGUAAAUUGAAAUAUAAAUUAAAUAUAAAAAAAAAAUCAGUUUAAAAAAAUAGUUAGACAAAACACAAGUAGGAAAAACGAAAAAAAAAAAAAACCAAACUCGUGCAACGUGAGGGGGAUUAAAGACAACUGGACACACUUAGAUAAAAAUCGUAAUAAUAAAAAAGAAAUUAAUAUAAAUAAAUUUAAAAAAUGACACAUAGUAACUAAUAAUUUAAUAAAUAUAAAAAUGCGUAAUAUAUAUUAUACGAAUAAAUAAAAAAAAAAAAACUGAGAGCAUGAUUAAUAAUUAUUUUUUUCUUUUUUUCGUUGGAAAUAAAACAGUUGUAUGUUUGUUACCAUCGUGAUGUUGUAAAAACCCUCUCUGGCAAUUGAAAGGGGACAGAAAUAAUAAAAAAAAUUAAUUAA